CUCUUUUUGCUUAAUUUGCCCCAAACUGGCGUCUUUUUGUUCAAAAUCAGAGUCCUUUAUGGCUCACUGUCCCAACUAAGGCACCACCCCAUGGGUGACCACAUUUCAGAGGAGUCAGAGCUGAGGGGGUGGGACGACAUGUCCCAGAAUCCCACAGCCUGCGGCAGAGGGACCCUGGGUUCAGCUGUGCGGCCUCCGCCAGGCAGACCCCCACCCGGCUCCCAGAGCACUUCCGCGUGGCAGACGGGCCCUGAUUUUUCACCGCUGAGGAGUUUUGGCAGGCUCGGCCGCUCGUCAGGGAGGCAGACAGUACCACGGGGCUUGACUAAGGACGCGUCUGAGCCUGGCCUGGCCUCCGCCACGGGCAUGGAGUGCGGUCACUCUGCCAGGGGCCCCUGCUCGCACAGGCUGGGACGCAGAGAAUCUGUGAGAAGCCCUCCAGACCGUGGGCUGCAGUCCCGCUGGGAACCAGGACCUGAGCCCCUGGACGCUCAGGAGAGGGGUCCCAUGUCGGUCGGGCUCUGCGUCGGCUGUGUCACCUGUCGGGGCCAUGGCAACCACGGCUGGAGCUCUCCUGUGGCCUUUGCCCUGGCUGCCUGGGGCCUGGCGUGGGGGGAAUCCCUGGGCCCCUGGGCUGUGGGAGUAACGUCCUUAUGGGCUGUGACUUCAGACCCAGGGUCCCUCAGGCCAGCGUCUCCAUUCGUUUGUGCAGGAUGGGACCACGGGGAGGUUGGAGGGUCAGUAAUCAGCUUUCGAGAGAAGGUUCUAGAAAGCUGCAGGCCAGCUCGGUGCUCGGUUCACGGGCAGAGGAGGAGCCAGUGUGGCAAAGCCUUGGCCUGUCCAUCUUGUGCUCGUGUGAUGGUCAGCGCUGGGGUCUCUGCCCAGCGGGUAGGAGGUGGUGGACCUGGCGCUGUCCUGUGGGCUGGAAGGUGA